AAGCCUGAGCCAGUCACUCGGCAAGGGAGGGGAGCUUCCCUGGGGCAACGCUGCCCGAGUCUGCAGAGAGCCUGAGCCAACUGCUUGGCAAGAGGGGAGCUGCCCUGAGCGUAACCAUGCAGCAAGGCUCUGUGAUCGCCAUGGGGCAUUAAUACCACUGGGAGGCACUGCAGGCAGGGAGGAACGCAGCAGCAGCAGACACAGCCCCAGCUGUCAGAUGAAGCUGAGGAUGACGGUGAGGAGGCCCAGCUUGGCCGUGCGAUCGUCCCUGCAACGCACAAUGGGGGUGUCACUCACCCAGGGAACUCUGUGGAGGACUGGGGAUCUGGACAAGGAGCUUCCACCACCUGGAGGGAUCGGCACAGCUCUGGCGGGGAUCUCAAUGCUGCAAGGAGCCACGGAGGUCUUCGAAUCUGACCUGGGAGACACGGGCUGGGGAAUGUCCAGCAUUUAUCCUGGGAUCGCACCCACUGCUUCUGAUGGAUCUGCCACACCCAGUCCUGAUUUAAAGACAUCAAGAGAGGGGCAAUCCACCCUGUCCCUAGGGCACGGACUCGCCUGAACAUUUUGUUUUCAUUUCAUCUUACGGAGGGGAGAGCGAAGGCCUGGCCUCCCUCCAGCCUCCGAGGGGCGGACAAUCACAGCUUGUGUCCGCAUGAAUGCUGCAUUGAGAGGUGCGGGGGGAGAAAAACCCAUGAAGCUUUAAAAAGUGCGUCCAAAAAAGAGAUCUCGGAGGUUGGUUCUUCUUGGCGGAGCUGCGGGGACACAUCAUGCCAAUGCUGAGACAGCUGCUGCUCCUUCCCUUUGCUCUCCUAAUGUGCCUGGAACCUCUACCCAACACCGGGCACCCCCGUAUUCCAGAGCUCACCAUGGCCAGCUUCUCCAUCCGCUCCACCAUUGUGUCCCGCUAUGCCUCCACCCGUGUUCGGACCGACCUGAGCAACCCCCACGCCGAGCCCAAGGAAGCCAUCUUCGACCUAGACCUGCCCAGCUCGGCCUUCAUCUCCAACUUCACCAUAACCAUCAACAAUAAACUCUAUGUGGCUGAGGUGAAAGAGAAGCAUCAAGCCAAGAAGAUGUACGAUGAGGCCCGGAGACAGGGCCAGACAGCGGCUCAUGUUGGCACUAGGGACCGGGAGACGGAGAAGUUCCGGGUCUCCGCCAGCGUGGCGGCCGGCAGCCAGGUGUCCUUCGAGCUGAGCUACGAGGAGCUGCUGCAGCGGCAUCUGGGCAAGUACCAGCACGCCGUGAGUGUGCGUCCCCAGCAGGUGGUGGGGAACCUCACCGUGGAGGUGAGCAUCUCGGAGCGCACCGGCAUCGACUACGUCCACGUGCUGCCUCUCCGCACCAGCCGCCUGCUCACCAACACCUUGCGAGGGGAUGCCGAUGUGCCGCCCUCCACCCGGGUGGAGAAGGGGAGCCACUGCGCCUGGGUUGUCUUCAGCCCCACCCCGCAGGAACAGGUGGCUUUCUCCAGCUCAGGCAUCCUGGGGGACUUCGUGGUGCAGUACGACGUGGCCAUGCCAGAUGUGGCUGGGGACGUGCAGAUCUACAAUGGCUACUUCGUUCACUACUUCGCUCCCCGUGGCCUGCCCCCCAUGCAGAAGAAUGUGGUGUUUGUCAUCGACAUCAGCGGCUCCAUGCAUGGCACCAAGAUGAAGCAGACCAAGAAGGCCAUGCACGUCAUCCUGAGUGACCUCCACCCGGACGACUGCUUCAACAUCGUUACCUUCUCCGACACCGUCCACGUGUGGAAGGCCGGGCGCUCCAUCCUGGCCACGGCCCACAACGUCCGCACCGCCAAGGACUACGUCCACAGGAUGGAAGCUGAUGGAUGGACCGACAUCAACAAAGCCCUGUUGGAGGCCGCCUCGGUGCUGAGCCAGAGCCCGCCGGAGCCAUCCCCCCGGCGGAUCCCAUUGCUCAUCUUCCUGACGGACGGGGAGCCCACGGCGGGCGUGACCUCAGGCACUCGCAUCCUGGCCAACGCCCGGCAGGCGCUGGGCGGCUCCGUCUCCCUGUUUGGCCUGGCCUUUGGGGACGAUGCUGACUACGGGUUGCUGCGGCGCCUGGCGCUGGAGAACCGGGGCAUCGCCCGGCGCAUCUACGAGGACGCCGACGCCGCCCUGCAGCUCGCCGGCUUCUACGACGAGAUCGCCAGCCCGCUGCUGUCCGACGUGGCCCUCUCCUACCGCGACGGCGCAGACCUCACCCGCACGCUCUUCCCCCACUACUUCCGGGGCGCCGAGCUGGUGGUGGCCGGACGGCUGGCCCCGGGGGCCACUGAGCUGCACGUCCAGGCUGCAGGCCAUGGGCACGUCGGGCCGCUGAGCCUGGAGAACGAUAUCUCGGCCAACGCCACGGAGGCCGCCCCGUUCGGCUGCUCUCCAGACCUGGGGCAGAUCGGGCAAUUCGUCCAGCGCCUCUGGGCCUACUUCACCAUCCAGGAGCAGCUCCGGGCCCGGUUCCGCUCCAACGACACUGCCGCGCGCCGGCUGCUCACUGAAAAGGCCACCAACCUCUCGCUGAAGUAUAACUUUGUCACGCCCGUCACCUCGCUGGUGGUGGUCAAGCCAGAGGAGGAGGAGGAGAGUGCCACGGCUCGGGCCACGCCAGGGGCUCCUGUCACACCCCUGGCCACCAUGGCGGCCCACCGUGCCAGCAAAGCUUCCAGAGCCAUGCCUGUCCCAGGAGCACCUGCCACGUCCCUGGGCACCUCCAAACUAGCCCGAGCCACACCGGCACCUGGCACUGCCCCGGCCACGCCAGCUCCUCCCACGGCCCACGGUGUCACCAAAGCAGCCAGAGCCACACCUGGAAAAACGCCCAAAGCUGGGAACCCCAGGGCCACGGCUCAUCUGCCGCCUAGCCCAGGAUCAGCCACGGCACCCCCCUCCGGCCAGCAGGAGACGCCCCCGCAACCGGCCACCAAGCGCCAGCCACAUCCCAGAACAGAGAGGGCCCCCUUCUCGUGGGGCACAGCGGCUCCCACGGUCCGGACUAUCACAGACGCCUGGACUGGCAACAGCACGGCUGCCCCCCACCACAGGGCGGAGUCCGAGGGCUCCCGGGGCACGCCGGGCGCCAUGGGAUCCAGCCCACCUGCCGCCGACCUCAGCCAGUGGCUGCUGCUGUUGCCGCCCGCAGAGUCAGAACUGCUGUCGGCAAAGGACGUGGCCGAGGAAUCCGUGGAGUCCCGCCACCCGCCGGCCGUGUACAGCUUUGUGGUGGCCAAAGGAGAGAAGGGUGUCCUGGAUUAUGAAGACUACUCAGACCUGUCAGAGGAACGGGACGGUGACACAGAUGGCAUGGCAGACCUGGCUGGUGCCAGAUUCUUCACUUUCUCCUCCUCAGUGGAUGGAGACCCUCACUUCGUGGCACGACUGCCCGGCUCCCCUGAGACGCUGUGCUUUACGCUGGAUGGGCACCCAGGAGACGUGCUCCAGCUGGUGACAGACCCCCCCAGCGGCCUGUCAGUCCACGGCCACCUGGUUGGCGCCCCGCCACGGCCGGGCACGGCGGAUCGGCCACGCACCUACUUCGACGCCAUCACCGUGCUGGUGGGGCCUCCCCAGCUGCACUACGUGAUCACCGUGACGCUCCAGGGCGUGGCGCUGCGGGGGGAGGGGGCCCUGGAUCUGCCCUUCGGCCGCCCGGCUUGGGUCGGCCGCCCCGGGCUGGGGGUGCAGGUGGGGCCGGGCGCCAACGCGACGCUGCGGCUGGGCGCCGGGCUGGAGUUCGUGGUCCAGCGCCAUCGGUACAGCCACCCCAGCCGCCUGCAGAGAGACCACCUGGGCUUCUACGUGCUGGACGGCAGUGGGCUCUCGGCCCAGGCCCACGGGCUGCUGGGUCAGUUCCAGCACGCGGCCAUCCGCCUGCAGCCAGGCGCCGGGGAGCAGCCCGCCCGGCUGCAGAGGGGCGGGGCCACGGUGCCGGCCACGCGGGUCACCAAGCUGCUGAAGGACUCGCCCCUGCCGGCCCACCAGGCCCCCUGCUGGCUGGUGAAGGGCGGCGACGUGCAGGCCCUGCUGGGCGGGGCCUACGGCGCCUUCGUGGUCCCCCAUCCGCUGGAGGCGUGAGGCCAGGGGGCGUGGCCUGGGCAGGGUGGGGGCCGCCCCGUGUCCCGCCGCUGAGACUGACCCCGCAGCCGGGCAGGACACAGCCGCCUGGGCCCUGGUCACGGCCACGGCUUGUGGAUUUAAGGUGGAAUCCUCCCUCUCCCCCCUCCAAUCGUGGAUUUAAGGUGGAAUCGCCCCUCCCCACCUCCAAGCGUGGAUUUAAGGUGGAAUCCUCCUUCGCCCCACCCCUUCGGAUCAUGGAUUUUCGGUGGAAUCCUCCUUCUCCCUGUUUCCUGCAGUUUGUGGAGUUCACAGGGAAUUCUCCUUCCCCACCACGUGGAUUAAAGGUGGAAUCCUCCCUACCUGCCAUGGACUGUGGAUUGAAGGUGGAAGCUCCCCCUGCCCAAAACACUUGCUGAAUCAAGGUGGAUCCCACCUCCCCGUUAAUGGACAUGGGUCCUUAAAUUAAGCUGGAUUUCCUUCCCCCAUGCCAUGUGGUGAUUUAAGGGGGAAUGGAUACGGGUUUUUGAUGUAAGGUGGAUUUUUCUCCCA